UGACAGUCCUCCCCUUUGUUUUUUAAAGUGACCGCUUUACGUGUAUUCUCGCGAGAUGUGAGCAACAGCGCCCCCUUAGUUGAUGCGUGGAAGCGCGACGGGAGGUCUGAGGAUCCUCCGCGGCUAAUGAUAGCAAGGUACACAAAUCGGGAUUUAAUUCACUUUCCUUCAUCACGGACACUCUGGGAGGUAAACGAAAGCUGCAGGAGGACAUAAUUUCGACUAAGCCCGUCUGUUUUUUCUGCUACACCCCCACCAAGGCGAGCAGCGGGAACAGAAGAGCCCCGCUAAUCCCGACAAGAGGGACGCGGCCUGCUCUUUGUAGCCGACUCCCGGUGCAGCUCAGCCGGCCAGCGCUGCCACCGGAGCCCGGUGCUUCCCCUGGCUCGCUUCUCUCCACACCAGCUGCAGCGUGGCGGCUUUAAAAAUCUGUUUUUUGAUUCACCAGCCGAAAAAUCUCCUUCAACCGGUUCCCCUCCCGGUAAACGCGCGGCUGUCCGGUGUUUAGUGUGUGUGUGUCACGGAGAGCCGUCUGAAGCCGGAGGGGCCUGUUUUGUUUUCGAGCCGCCGCCAUGAAUCUCCGAUGAACAAUAACACAGCCGUAGUUUAACCGAGCGGAGCCAAACACGGGAUAAUAGAACUAAUAAACGCCAAGUGUAUGACACCAGCACCGGACCGAGGUGGAAGAAACUGGGUAUGGGAUGGAAGUAUCAUCGCAUUGCACACCGGAGCACUUUCUGGUUGGAUUUUGGAGCCGCCGCUGCAGCUCAUAAGUAACCCCGUUAAAAGGCCACCGGCGGCGUGGACGAGAGCGCACACAUGAUGCUUUACUGUGUGACCGUAACUCACGGAUUGUAUGGAAACAGACUUGGAUGAACCGACGUUUUUAUGCAUGGUCGGCCCCCGUGUGUAUUAUAUGCACUUAUUCUUUGCAUAUCUUCUCCCACCAAUAAAAAGCAGCAGCACUACUUCUUUCUUUCAGAGCUGGAGCAUCACAUUGAGGAUGGAUUGGAUGUGACUGAUCGUUAAGCGGUGCACAGGAACCGGGGUUGCUUCAGAUAAAUAUAUGUAUUUAUAAAUAUAUGUGGGAUUUACCAACUAAACCUAUGCUCUCUUCAAAGCCGCCAGACUACCUUGAAAAAAGCAGCGAUUUAAGUUGUUUGCAUCUGUGUGUGACUUUGGUGUUUUAAAAAAACCCACAAAAAAAAAACACGCAUUAAUAUAUCUUUUUACGGACUGCACCGGAGCGUACCGGAGCCCGGAGGGGGGCCAGGCAGCUGAGAUGAACCCGGUGAAUGCGACCUCUCUCUACGUGUCCGCGAGCCGGUCGGUGCUGCAGUGCGACCCCCGAGACCCUCGGGCCCUCGCGGAGCUCUGCAAGCUGCUGCCGUUUUUCCGCCAGUCUCUGUCCUGCUUGGUCUGCGGUAACCUGCUGCAGGACCCUAUCGCUCCCACCGACUCGUCAUGUCAGCAUUACGUCUGUCGAGGCUGUAAAGGUCAGAGGAUGCAGCUGAAGCCAUCCUGUAGUUGGUGUAAGGACUAUUCCCGCUUUGAGGAAAACAGGCAGCUCUCCUUGCUUGUCCACUGUUAUAGAAAGCUCUGUCUCUACAUCACUCAAUCACCGCUCGCCCCGCACAUAGCCAGCGCCGCCAGUGACUCGCCGGACCUCCAGGCCAUCCUCAAUGAGGGUCUCACGUUAGCUGAGAGCGAGCCGGAGGUGGAGGACAUUUCAGACUCAGUCGGCCUGUCACAGACAGCCUCCACCUCAGAGGUGGUCCAUCCCGAUGAAGCUCCACUUUUGAAAGAGCUCAAGGGGGAGGACUCAGGCCCUGUGAGCAUUAACGGACUACAUGAUUGUAACGGCCUGGUCAGUUCGGACACACUGCAAUCCAUCACCAUAGAAACAGGUGGAGGUGUUGCUAAGCAGGAGAGCUUUUCGGAGGAGAUCCCGGUGUGCGUGAGCGUCACAGGGACCGGAGAAGCAGGACUUUGUGACAUCAGCACUUUCGGGGAUGACCUGAAACAUGGCGGGGGGCCGUUGUUGUUGAGUGUUGAGGAUGUGCUUAGGACACUGGAGACAGACGCAGACCCUGACCCCACACCCCAGGCGGACUGCCCCUCCGUACCUCAGUCCAGCCUCAACGGGCCUCACUGCCCAUCUGGCCCCAACUCCUGCCGCUUGGUCCCCUCCCUCCCCACAGAGAACAGCCCUCGCCCCCUCCAACCUCACCCGCAGCCCUGUCUGCAGCCCCCACCUCAACCCUCAACGGUUGUCCCCCGUGUCCCCCCUCGGUGCCACCGCAAGCGCUCCCGCUCAGAAAGCGACAGCGAGAAGGUGCAGCCCCUCCCCAUCUCCAGCCUCCUACGAGGGCCUCCCCUAGGUGCCAACAGCUCCCCCCACCACUUUAAUCCUGGGGCCACCACCAAACAGGAGCCCAAGUUCCCUGCAGCAACGCCCCACCCCCACCUGGCACCUGUGCCUAACGGUGGACCCCCUAAGGUGGGCAAGACUGUGCUUGUUUCCAACAAGGGGCUGAAAAAGACUGUGGAGCAUCACGGGGGCCCUAAGAAGGCUUACACAAAAGCCAGGCAAGGGGCCCCCAAGCCUCGCGCCCAACCCCGUGACCGGGUACCCCCUCACCCCCAUGCUCACCCCCUGACACACCCACCCAGCCCCUCAAAGCCACUGUAUAAGAAGCCUGUGGAGAAGAAGGGCUGCAAGUGUGGCCGAGCCACACAGAACCCCUCCGUGUUGACCUGUAGGGGGCAGCGCUGCCCCUGCUACUCAAACCGCAAGGCGUGUCUGGACUGUAUCUGCCGUGGCUGCCAGAACUCAUACAUGGCCAACGGAGAGAAGAAGCUGGAGGCCUUCGCGGUGCCAGAGAAAGCCCUGGAACAGACCCGGCUCACACUGGGCAUCAACCUCACCAGUAUCACUGCGGCAGCCCUCCGUAGCCCGGCCACCAGCUCCCCCGGCAACACCCUCCUCAACGUCACCGCGGGUACGGGGGCGCCCGUCACAGCCACCUUCCUGUCGGGGGCGGGUCAUGACAACAGGGGCUUUGACGAUUCACUGGAGAUGCGGUUUGACUGUUGAGGUCCCACCACCCCUACUUCCCCCCUCCCCCUUCUCCUCCUCCCCCUCUCCCCCUUCCGGUCAGUCGUCACGCACAUUCCCCGCCCCGCCAGCUGAGCGUUAUCCAUCGGGUCGUGACAGGGACUUGUGGUGGCGGAGCCAGAACAAGGCAGCUACAGUGACAGGCGGUAGUGAGGGUCACCAGCUGACGCUGAGGAGUCGCCCUCCGUCCUUCGCCCGAAACUGCACCAUGCUCGUGGUCUUGCAUACAGAUGCAGAGUGGAAGAGAAGAACAAAGAGACAGAGAUGUAGCGUUACUGUAUGUGCAGAGAUUUCCUUUCAGUGGGGAUAGUUUUUUUUCUUUUGUUUUCUUCUCUACUAUGGGUAAUGUGUAGAGCAUGUUGUGUAGCUAAGUCGGGGGUGUUGGCCAGGCUGUGGUCGGUCACACAUCUGUGCGUGUGUGUGUAUGUGUGUGCGUGCGUGUGUGCGUGUGAGUGUGCAUGUGAGUGUGUAUGAAUGAGGGGAAGAGUUUGGCUUGGAGAUUAACGUUAUUAGCAGGAACGGAGACAUCAUCGUCAUCAUCAGAGACUGGUGUAAUUUAUAUAAAAGAAUGAACUUUUUGUACAUGGAUUCAUCAGUUUCCAUUUAAGAAGACAUUUUAUGAUAUAUUUUAUAAGUUGCAUUUAAACAAAUGGAAGCUGCAGCAGUGUAGACCUGCACUCAACCAGAAUAUUUCACACAGGCUAAAAGAGGCAGAAGUGUAGGUUUACAGUAUUUGGUAAUUAUGUUAUACCACUAGAAAGAAAACACAGGAUGC